UUGUUUUACUCCAAUGCGGCCCCGGAUUCAAAAAGUUUGGGGUCCCCUGAUCUUGAUAUUUCCGGUACAUUAGCAAGGCAUCUGUUAAUAUUUAGUUAAAGCUUACAGUUACACGGUUAAUAAAGUUGUUUAGGAGUAGAGAGACCGAAAGACUCCUCCCCUAACUCCACACGUCACCUUUAUACGUCAUAUAGUGGCGCGUCUCGCUCGAGUAGAACAUCUUUGUGGUGCAGGUUAACUCUUUAUUACGUCAGUCAAACAACAGUAGGUGAACGAAGUACGCUAACGAGCCACAAGGACUUCCAUUUAUUUAGUCAACUCAGAAAUGGCUUCCCAAAUCCGUCAAAACUUUCACCAGGACUGCGAGGCUGCCAUUAACAGACAGAUAAACCUUGAACUUUAUGCCUCCUAUGUGUACUUCUCGAUGGCAUACUAUUUUGAAAGGGAUGAUAUAUUCCUACCAAAUUUUGCCAAGUUUUUUAGUGGCCAGUCAAAAGAGGAGCGUGAGCACGCCGAGAAGCUGAUGACUUUCCAGAACAAGAGGGGAGGCAGGAUUUUUUUACAGGAUAUUAAGAAACCUGAGCGAGAUGAAUGGGGCACCAGCCUGGAGGCGUUGGAGUGUGCUUUGCAGCUGGAGAAGAGUGUAAACCAAUCCCUGCUGGAGCUACAGGAAAUGGGCACACAGCACAACGAUCCUCAUCUGUGUGACUUCAUUGAGACUCACUAUCUGGAUGAGCAGGUCAAGUCCAUCAAGCAGCUUGCUGACUGGAUCUCCAACCUGCAGCGCAUGGGAGCACCACAGAACGGCAUGGCUGAGUACCUCUUUGACAAACACACCAUGGCUGAGGAGGCCAGUCAAACAUAAGCAGAUGAUUUUAAAUCAAUCUCCUCUCCUCAAUCAAAACAGCUGUUAUUUGGAGAGCACAAAGCCAUAAAAUGCUAGCACUUAUUGACUAGUACUGUAUUCUGCUGACGUGCGUCACUAAAAGGUUUAAAAGCAUUCCAAAUGAAUCAAAAUGAACAUUUGCAACCAUCCUACUGUCACUAUUUGCAUUUUUGGUGAAUUUAGUGUGAGAAAAUUGUUCGAUCCUUUUCACUGUAUGUCUGGAAUCAUGCACUUUGAGAGAGAGCCACUAGAUGGCAGUAGAUAUAAUAAAUUACUAAGACAUCA